GGUCAUAGUAGCAGGAGAAGGAGACAAGAUGGCAGCCUCGGCGAAGAAAGUCUUGGAGGUGUUUGUGUCUAAAAUCCCCUGGACUGUUGCUAGCAGGGAGGUCAGGGAGUAUUUUGGACAGUUUGGUGCAGUGAAGAAGUGCAUCCUUCCAUUUGACAAAGACACUGGUUUCCAUAAAGGGUUCUGUUGGGUUUCAUUCUCCACAGAGGAGGGAAUGAACAACGUGCUGCAGAAGGACCCCCAUAUUCUGGAAGGAGCAAAGCUUCUUGUUCAGAGAAACAGACGUCUCUUUGAAAGACAGAAGUCCAACAAAGAUGAAGACUUUGAUUGAAGCUUGGUGGUUCUACUGAGCAGAUGAGACCAAACGUGUUUUUUUUUUUUUUUUUUUUUUUUGUUGAAACGCUUCAUUUCUCCUGCUUUAUAUCUGAAUGAACUAUUCAGACAGAAGGAGGAUCAAUGUGUCUGUCUGGAAUCCAACAUCAGGAAAAAGUUCUUCAUUAUUCAGACUCACUUGAACUGAGCAUAAAUGUUACUGUCAGUUUAUUCACUAAUAAAUUCUGUAUUUAUUGUGAGAAAGAUUGCUCUCCAUCACAUAAUGUCAGUUGUUUUCAAUCAAUAAAAAUGUUUAUUGCUGUUUUA